AUGGCGCACAAUCCAACAGCUGUGGUGUGCGUCGGCAUGGCUGGUUCAGGAAAGACGGCAUUUAUGCAGCGAAUCAAUAACUACCUACACAUCAACAAGAAAAAGCCUUAUGUCCUGAAUCUAGACCCAGCUGUCCUCAAUGUUCCUUUCGAAGCCAACAUAGACAUUCGCGAUAGCAUAAACUACAAAGAAGUCAUGAAGCAAUACAAUCUCGGCCCAAAUGGUGGCAUCCUAACAUCUCUGAAUCUAUUUGCAACCAAGAUUGACCAAAUCAUUAGUCUGCUUGAGAAAAGAUCAAACCCAGAUCCGUCUUCAAAGGCAGUACCACCUGAGCACUUUCUCGUCGACACACCAGGCCAAAUUGAAGUCUUCGUCUGGUCAGCAUCAGGCAGUAUUCUACUUGAAUCCUUGGCGUCCUCGUUUCCUACAGUCAUCGCAUAUAUCAUAGACACCCCAAGGACACAUUCCUGCUCGACUUUCAUGUCCAAUAUGCUCUAUGCUUGCUCAAUUCUAUACAAGACGAAGUUGCCUAUGAUUCUGGUGUUUAACAAAACAGACGUGCAAGAUGCGGAUUUUGCCCGAGACUGGAUGACGGACUUUGAGAAAUUUCAGGAGGCACUACAAGAGGAACAAGAGAAAGGUGUCUUUGGUGGAGAGGGUCACGGUGGUGGCAGCGGAUAUAUGUCUAGUCUAUUGAACAGCAUGAGUCUAAUGCUUGAGGAGUUUUAUUCCCACUUGGAGAUGGUGGCUGUGUCGAGUAUGACCGGUGACGGUAUCGAUGAGUUUUUUGAUGCUGUCGAACGCAAAGCAGAGGAGUUUACCAGAGACUAUAAGCCCGAACUCGAGAGGCGCCAACAAGAACGUAUGAAGGAACGACAAGACAAGAAAUCAGAGGACUUGGCGAGAGUCAUGUCUGAAAUGAGGAUGGAAGGUAAAUCAAAAACAGAAAAUGGUAACGAGGACGAUGAUGAGGAUGAAAUCGACCCUGAAGACGCGAGAGAUCCAGAUCAGUACCCGGACGUGCGACCUGAUAGUGAUGAGGCAUUACAGCAGAGGUAUGCUGACACUUUGAAGAAGCAAGGAUUGCAGAUGAACGAGACUGAUAAGAGCUUUGCGAGGUUUGUGCAGUCAAGUCAGGCCAGAAUGUCGUGA